AUACAGUUUUAAUUUUAUCAGAAAACAUUCCCAUAAUCAAACGGAAAUUUUGAACAUAGUAGCAGUUAUCACGACCUCCACUUUGAUGACUAAUAUAGGUAUAUUCUAAUAUGUCAUCAUUAUCUAGCCCUGCACAGCAAGGAACUAACAAUUAUCAGCAACAGCGGCAGCAAACCGAUUCGGACCAGGACUUGGAGCGGCACGCAAUGGGUGCGGAAGAGCAAUUGGAUAGUCUGCCACCAAUUGACUUUGACACCGACAAAUUCCCGUACUGCAUUGUUUGGACGCCGAUACCAGUCCUCACCUGGAUUCUGCCCAUGAUUGGGCACAUGGGAAUUUGCAUGUCAAACGGCGUUAUUCGCGAUUUUGCCGGACCCUACUUUGUGUCGGAGGAUCAUAUGGGCUUUGGCCGUCCCACACGUUAUCUACGUCUGCACCCAAAGCACGUACAGGGUGGCCGCUAUGCCUGGGACGAAGGGGUUUCGAAGGCAUCUGUACUAUACGGCACACGGAUGCAUAAUCUAUUUUGCGACAAUUGCCAUUCCCACGUAGCAACAGCGCUCUGCAAUAUGCGCUACAAGGAUAGUACGAGCUGGAAUAUGAUUAUCUUGGCCUUUUGGAUUUUUGUGUGCGGCUGUUAUGUUAGCAUUUGGGGAUUCAUCAAGACAUGGCUACCGUUUGCUGUGUUGGUCACAAUAUGCGUCUUGCUAGGUGUUUACUUUUAAGAUUCAUUCUUUUUAUUUGCAAUUAGCGCUAUAUAGUUGUUUAUUGUCUCCUGUACGUCUAAAUUGGAGCUUGAAAUGCAAACAAAUUUUUGUGUCAUUAUGUAGAUAA